GCUCGCUGCUCCCGGCCCGGUGCUUGCUUCUUCGGACUUGGGACCCGUGCAAACGCCCCGGCCCGGGUCCAACGCCCUGGGAGGGGACCCCAGGUGGGCUGGGCCAUCGGACGGAACCAGAACCGGGCUGGUGCUGGUAGCCCAAGCAGACACCUGCACGCAGGGCGAGGGAGUCGGCGCUUAAGCCUUCCGAAGAGAAGACAGGCCGGCCACCAGGAGCCAGAGCCCGCAGCUCUUCCAGGAAAGUGAUAUCAGCAACUCUGUGAACAGGACAUCAGCUCAAAACCAGGAUCCCAGCUCAAAACCACUGGAAACUUCUUCCAGGUCCAGACAGGGGCCUCCAUGGGUGCCUGAGGGCCGGACUGGAGCGUUGGCACGAGCAUGGUGAGACAUCAGCCCCUGCAGUACUACGAGCCACAGCUGUGCCUCUCCUGCCUCACGGGCAUCUAUGGCUGCCGCUGGAAGCGCUACCAGCGUUCUCACGAUGACACCACUACGUGGGAACGGCUCUGGUUCCUGCUCCUCACCUUCACCUUUGGCCUCACACUCACCUGGCUCUACUUCUGGUGGGAGGUCCGCAAUGACUACGAUGAAUUCAACUGGUACCUCUACAGUCGUCGGGGCUACUGGAGUGACUGGUCCGUGCCCAUCCUCCUCACCACAGCCACUGCUUUCACAUACAUCGCAGGCCUUCUCGUCCUGGCACUCUGCCACAUCGCAGUGGGACAGCAGAUGAACCUUCACUGGCUGCACAAGAUCGGGCUGGUGGUCGUCCUGGUGGCCACGGUGGUGGCCAUGUCAGCUGUGGCCCAGCUGUGGGAGGAUGAAUGGGAGGUGCUGCUGAUCUCCCUGCAGGGUACAGCACCAUUCCUGCACAUGGGGGCCCUGGCAGCUGUCACUGCACUCUCCUGGAUUGUGGCAGGACAAUUUGCCCGCGCUGAGCGGUCCUCCUCCCAGGUGAUCAUUCUGUGCAUCUUUUUUGCUGUGGUGGUCGCCCUCUACCUGGCCCCACUUACCUUCUCUUCCCCCUGCAUCAUGGAGAAGAAGGACUUGGGCCCCAAGCCCUUCCUCAUCGGCCACCGUGGAGCCCCCAUGCUCGCCCCUGAGCACACACUAAUGUCCUUCCGGAAGGCCCUGGAGCAGAAACUCUACGGGCUCCAGGCUGAUGUCACCAUCAGCCUGGAUGGCGUGCCCUUCCUCAUGCAUGAUCACACCCUGCAGCGCACCACCAACGUGGAGGAGGAAUUUCCAGAGCUGGCACGCAGGCCGGCCUCCAUGCUCAACUGGACGGUCCUGCAGAGGCUCAACGCCGGCCAGUGGUUCCUCAAGACGGACCCCUUCUGGACAGCCAGCUCGCUGUCACCCUCUGAUCACAGGGAAGCCCGGAAUCAGUCCAUCUGCAGCCUUGCAGACCUCCUGGAGUUGGCCAAGGGCAAUGCCACCCUGCUGCUCAACCUUUGGGAACUGCCCAGGGAACACCCGUACCAGGGAAGCUUCCUCAACAUUACUUUGGAAGCCUUGCUGCGCUCAGGUUUCCCACAGCACCAGGUCAUGUGGCUGCCAAGUAGACAGAGGCCCUUUGUGCAGAAGGUGGCCCCCGGCUUUCAGCAGAUGUCAGGCUCCAAGGAAGCGGCUGCCAGCCUGCGGAAGGGCCACAUCCAGUGGUUGAAUCUACGCUACACUCAGGUGUCCGACCAGGAGCUCAGGGAUUAUGCCUCCUGGAACCUGAGUGUGAACCUCUACACAGUCAAUGCGCCAUGGCUCUUCUCAUUGCUGUGGUGCGCAGGGGUCCCAUCUGUCACCUCUGACAACUCCCAUAUCCUGGCCCAGGUUUCUUCCCCGCUCUGGAUCCUGCCCCCAGACGAGUACUGUCUCAUGUGGAUCACUGCUGACCUGAUCUCCUUCACCCUCAUCAUUGGCAUCUUCGUGUUCCAGAACUAUCACUUGAUCAGGUGGCGCCUGGGUGGCAUCCGGAGCUACAACCCUGAGCAGAUCAUGCUGAGCGCUGCUGUGCGCCGAACCAGCCGGGAUGUCAGUAUCAUGAAGGAGAAGCUCAUCUUCUCAGAAAUCAGCGAUGGCAUGGAGGUCUCCGAUGAACUCUCUGUUGGCUCAGACAACAGUUAUGACACGUAUGCCAGCAACAGCGUCGCCUCUGCAGAGCCCCGGAGGAGUGGCCGCGCCAAGCCCCUCACAGACCAGAGUGGGCCUUAGCUGGGGCCCACUUGUGGAUCUGUGCCAAUGAGGAACUGUGGGGCCUGGGCCCUGGUGGCUAUAUGUGGACCCAGCACCUAGCAAGCUGCAGUGUUUCUCACAACUGCAGCUUCCUUCGAGCCAUGGCCUCUCCAACAGGGGCUUCAUUCUGCCCUGAGGCUUAAAUGGCCAGGACUCUAGUCCCUCAAGAGCCCCUGCUGGCCUGGGGCUCCUUUUGGGAAAUAGAAGG